GCUGGAAGCUCCACGAAACAUCCGUACUUCAACACCGAAAUUACUACAAGUUAAGGAAAAGAGGAAUACAAUACACCCAGACAGGUAUUGCAAGAAAAGGCCCAGUAUUCCAAGGAUCCAGGCUCUGUACCGCGAGCUAGUUGGUUCCGUCGAUCCUCUGGAUCAGACUCCCCAUUUCUGCCUAUUUUCUACCGUUUCUCUGUCUUCUCCCUUUAUUUCUCCCUUUAUUUGUCCAUAAUUUCUCCAUAAUUUCUCCCUAUAUUCUUCCCAUCCCCAUCAUUCCAAUGUCGCACUUCCGCGACAUCGCGUCCCUCAUCCAAACCAUAACAUAUCUAUCUCAUCUAGAAACAAUCACCCAUCUCUACAACAUGAACAAAAAAGGAUGUGUCAACUGUGGCCACCCCAAGCUCAUAGUGAAUCGCUACAACCCGGCAGGAGACGUGUCGUGUGAACGAUGCGGUACCGUCCAGGAUGAGAACCCCAUCGUCAGUGAAGUCCAGUUUGGAGAGUCUUCACUGGGAGCCGCCAUGGUUCAAGGUGCCAUGGUGGGAGCCGAUCAGGCCAGAGCAAACUACGGAGGAGGACGGCAGAACGCCAUGGAGAGUCGUGAACAAACGUUGGCUAACGGGAAACGGAAGAUCAAGAGAAUAGCCGCUGCCUUGAAUAUUCCCGAGUACAUUUCUGACUCUGCGGGCGAGUGGUUCAAGUUGGCGUUGGCCCAGAAUUUCGUCCAGGGUAGAAGGUCCCAGAACGUUUUGGCCACCUGCUUGUACGUGGCUUGCAGAAAGGAAAAGACCCAUCAUAUGUUGAUUGAUUUCAGUUCGCGAUUACAGAUAUCCGUCUACUCGUUGGGUGCAACCUUCUUGAAGAUGGUCAAAGCCUUGCAUAUCGUGAAUCUCCCGUUGGCAGACCCUUCGCUUUUCAUCCAGCAUUUUGCUGAAAAGUUGGACUUCAAGGAGAAGUGCACAAAGGUGGUGCGAGAUGCAGUCAAACUUGCCCAGAGAAUGUCUGAAGAUUGGAUUCACGAAGGAAGACGACCUGCCGGUAUUGCUGGCGCCUGUGUGCUUUUGGCUGCUAGAAUGAACAAUUUCAGAAGAACUCAUGCCGAAAUUGUGGCAGUGGCACAUGUGGGUCCAGAAACCUUGCAGAGAAGAUUGAACGAGUUCAAAAAAACGAAAUCUGGAGAGUUGACUGUCAACUCCUUUCGGGAAUCCGAGAAAACUGAAUCAUCAAACCCUCCUUCGUACGAGAAAAAUAGAAGUUUGGAACAAAAGAUUGCAAACAAAAUAUUAAUUAAAGAAAUGGCAGUAGCCCAGUUUGAUAACUGGCUAUUGAAGCAAAGUCAAGCCGAAUCCUCGGGUGUGCGAGCUGUACUGGGCAAGUCGGAAAAACCCAGUGAUAAUACCAGAUCUAGGGCUAAAGAAGCAGCAGGUAAUCAGAAUGAAUCCGAGGAGAUCGAAUCUGAGAAGGAUCAAUCUGAGAAGGACCAAUCUGAGAAUCCAAGAGACUCAAAUGCUUCUUCGGAAUCUAGUACUACAGUCCGGGAAGGCGAGCCGACUUCGAUACUUGAAGGCGUUGACAUAGACUCCGUUCCUGAAGAUGAAGAGCCUAAGGACAAUAAGGAUAAGGAUUCUAUCCGUUUGAGAAAGCAUCAUCUAUUCAUGGAUAAGCUUUUGCAAAACAUCCUUGCUAGCAGUGAUUUGACUGCUCUGGAGAUUCACAAUGAAGUGACUCGAGUACUUCAACGUAAGAAAAAAAGUUUGGAAGAAGCUAUGUACGCAACUCCGGUAGAAAAAUCGGCGGACACAGAUGGGGGUGUGGAUCCCAACAAGCCUAAGAACUUGGUGAAGUACUUACCUAAAACUCAUGAAUUACUCGAAAAGGUGUCAUCCAGUAUCGAAUUGAAUAGUGAUGAUGAUGAUGAAAUCACGCUUAAUUGCGAGUUGAACGAGGAGGAGAAACAACUCAAAGAGCGGAUCUGGACCGGAUUGAACCACGACUUCAUCAUUCAACAGGAAAAGAAGCGGUUGAAACAGGAGGCAGAUCAGUUGGCAGGUAACACCUCGGGACAGCCUCGUAAGAAGCGUCAAAAGCAAAUCAACACCAAUAUUGACCAGAUGGGUGUAGAUGACGCUUUGAAAAACAUUGGCGUGAAUGAAAUUACUGGAGAACCGUUGACGGCAGCCGAAAGUUCAAGACAGUACUGGGAGAAGAAGCCGCUUUCGAAGAAGCUCAACUACCAGACGUUGGAUCUUCUUUUCGAAAACCCCAAGUAAUGAAUAACUCAGUUGACCUACCAAGCUAUUGUUUUCAAGGGCUUGGAUACCUGACUGCCGGUUGAGACUCCUAUGAAUCCCAACUAAUGACGCUAGAUGUAUAGGAUGUAACGAAUAGAUGAAAUGGGUGC